UCACAUCAACCACAGAGCAGCGCAACAUCAGGACGCUCAAUAUCCAGCUUCAGUUUGCCUCAUAGCUGGAAGACCGGUGUGAAGGACAUGGGCAACGUACAGCCCACUAUUGUCCCAUGUGAGGACUUUGAUGUUACAGCAGACAUCAAAGCUAUUCGAAAAGCCUGUAAAGGUUUAGGCACAGAUGAAGAGGCCAUUAUCCAAAUCCUGGCCAAUCGCUCUGCAGCUCAGCGUGUGGAGAUCAAACAGGCCUACUUUGAAAAGUAUGAUGAUGAGUUGGAGGAGGUCCUGAAGAAGGAACUAACAGGUAGUUUUGAGAACGCCAUCAUCGCCAUGUUGGACCCUCCUCGCGUUUACUUCGCCAAGGAGCUGAGGAAGGCCAUGAAAGGGGCGGGCACAGAUGAAGCCGUGCUGGUCGAGAUCUUGUGCACAGCGACAAAUGAGGACAUCUUGAGCUACAAGGAAGCAUACGCCCAGGUGCAUGAGCGUGAGCUGGAGGCAGAUAUUGAGGAUGAUACCAGUGGAGAUGUGAGGAACCUACUAAUGUCACUGCUGCAGGCGAGCAGGGAUGAGGGCUAUGAGGUGGAUGUGGAUUUAGCCGAACAAGAUGCUGCAUCUUUGUUUGAGGCAGGGGAAGGCAGGUUUGGCACAGACGAGUCCACCUUCACCUACAUCCUGACACACAGGAACUACUUGCAACUUCAGGCCACUUUCAAAGCCUAUGAGUCGCUUUCAGGAACGGACAUUUUGGACACCAUUGGCUCUGAGGCCACAGGAACACUUAAAGACUGCUAUGUUACUCUGGUAAGGUGCGCUAAGAACCCGCAGCUGUAUUUUGCCCGGCGCCUUAACGCUGCUAUGAAGGGAUUGGGCACCGAUGAGGACACGUUGAUUCGCAUUAUCGCGGGCCGCUCUGAGAUUGACCUGGAGACGGUGAAGGAAAUGUACCUCGAGAAGUACGAUGUAACCCUGAAAGAUGCUCUGGAUUCUGAGUGUGGCGGAGACUUCAAGCACCUCCUCAUUGAGAUCCUGCACUAAAACACUUUACACCUUCCUCCAGACUGGCCUUAGUUAACCACUACAAAACACAACACACUCACACUCUCCUGUCUUUACCAGUUCCUCUCAUUCACUGUCUAAAUCCGUCCUGUUUCCUCUCUUUCUCAUUCUUAGAGACAGUCAGCGCUCUUUGCAGCAUGGACCAAAAACAACUCAGUAUUAAAAUAUCAUAAUAUGUCUCUAAAUACACACUUUUCACAAAGAACAUUAACUCAGUAGAUUUUCCUUACAGUUAUAGCCCAAUGUAGUGAAAAUGCAUCGAAUAUUUAUUUGACAAAAUUAUAUCAGCAUUAUGGAACUUGCAUACAACCUGUGCAGCUGAACAUAAUGAAGCUCAUAUAAUAUUCACAAGCAACAUCUUUAUAGCCUUGCAAGCAUGAAGCUGCAAACUUUAAGGGCCUGCUGCUGCUAAAUAUAGCGUACUGUGCACAGCUUCCUAUGAUUUGUCACUUUAUUUAUUCGACUCAAAUGAUGCCUUUCAAAAGAUUAUAGCAAUGCAAUUUACUUUCUGGUGCAACACUCCCCACUCAAGUGCCGAUUUUUCCCAUUUGAACUCUUGUAUAUGAAUGCACUGUUGAUCAUAUGUCGCAGUAUUGCCAAAGCCCUGAAUGUUUAAACGUAUACAGUACUGUUUUUUUGUAGACACGUCCCUAAAUGUUGAGUGGGAUUUUUAACCUUUCACAUUUUCUUUUCAGUCACAGCUCACAAGUUGCCUUGUUCUCACAUUUGUACACAUUAUUAGACAUUUGACUUCCUCCUGUUUUCAUUCAGUAAUUAAACUUACUGCAAAGAAGGACAAGUGAUUUUAAAAACACUGAACAAGAUGUGGCUUUGUAACCCCUGAAGUACAAUCCCUGAUAAUGGCCACAGUGUCUGUAGGCAGGUCUAUACUGUAAUUAGGUCCUAACUAUAUUUAUUUAAACUGACACUAGUUCGCUUUGAAGUAUCCAAAUAUACUUUUGUGUUGUCUUAUAGCAAGUUAACUAGUAAACAGUACAUUAUAUGGAGGAAGUAAUCAGUACUCUCCUGUAACAGAAUUUUAAAUGUGGUAUGUAUACAGAGAAUAUGAAGUGAUAAUAAAUUUUAACUGUA